AUGAAGCUUUCUCUUGCCCUCCUUGGCCUUGCUGCCACCCAGGCACUCGCCAUUGCCAUCCCAGACACUACACCUGAAGACACCGAUGUCCCAGAUCAGCUUACCUUGACCGAAAGACGUCACGCCGGAAGCGGAUGUGCAUCUGACAGCAAGACUGUCCGAUACACCGUUGCCAACGACCGCAGGUCCAUUAUCAUUGAAUACCAAUCUCUCACGGCGAAGAUCAGCUCCCGAACUUCCCCGGCCGACGAACGCACCAACUGCCAGGUCAACCUCGAUGUUGCUGCCCGUAACGGCUUCCAAUUCUCUGUUGCUGGAACGACCUACUAUGGCGCUGCUCGCUUGGACACCGGUGUGACUGGCAGACACGGAAGCAUCUACUACUUCUCUGGAAGCCCCGACCAGUCGUUCACCGCAACCGGCAUCUCUGGCCCACGCAGGGGUAACUACCGCCUGGACAGCGAUGUAAACAAGAGAACCUGGUCUCCAUGCGGUGCAAGCUACCCAUUCAACGUUAACACCGAUGUUCGCAUGGACAGUGACAGCGCAAAUGCCAUCGGCGAGAUGAGCCGAGAGGAUGGUGCCGACGGAACUGUCAAACAGGUUGUCUACCUUGAUUGGAAGCGGUGUUAG